AUGGCAUCAACAGAAGAUGAGAGGCCCUUAAAGCGGACUCGUCAAGCAUGUGAGCCUUGUCGGCGAUCUGCUUCUACGACACCUCUUUCACCGGCUGUCCCAAGGAACAGUCUUACUAUCCCCGAGAAUACUCUGCCGGCAGGAGCCCCCUUAAAUGAAUCAUCUGAGACUCAAGGCUUGCAGCUUUAUUUAACAUACUGCAACUCCCAACCUCUCUUGCUAUUCCCUUCCCGGUCCUCUCUGGCCUCUUUGGGAAAGAGAGAUGAAGAACUCAUGUUGGCUAUGGAGGCCACGGGUGUUCGCUUCAGGGGACAGGGAGUCCAUGACAAGGCCAUUCAAGACGAAAUUAAAGGCAAAAUGGAAAGGUCUUGCAAUAUGGUGAUGAUGCGAAUCGCAGCAGGUACAGUGGAAUUGUCCACAAUACAGACUUUGUGCAUACUCAGCAUGUUAGAGUUCUCAGCGGGUCACAUCAUUCGCGCCGGCUCCUAUACAGGGCUUGCUACUCAUCUCAUGCGGCACCUGAAAAUAGAGGGCCUUGACAACCUGGGCAAUCUAGAAACAGAACGAGACGAGCGUAAGCUAUGUUACAUUAGUCUCAUCAUGCUCCAAAAUCUUCAAGGGUCUUUGCAUCCGCCUGAAAUUGGAGACAGCCUGGACUCACUUGCCGCUUUUGAUGGAUCGAACUCUCUCUUGAGAUCAAAAUGGACAUCCAAAGGAAUCACAUCAGGCAGUAGCAGCGACAACAAACUCGAUAUCGGAAUCAGCGGCACCAACGUCCACACAAGCGAGCUAUGGGCUCUGGCAUGCAAGUACGCCAGUAGUCAUGUGGGCGUUGACGCUCAUUCACCAUGGUCCCCCAGGUCUGAUUAUGCCUUGAUCAACUUCCACCACUGUGAACACGAGAGCUUGAUGCCACUCCGAUUUCGACUUCAUGCCAGCCGUUUUCAAGAUCACCCGCCAGCAGAGCUUCAAGCACAUCGUGACUACUGGGGGCCCUGGCUGUUCUUUCAGAUGGUAUGGCAUGCUGUCCCAUGUAUAGCAAACCAUCCAUUCCUUCUUUCCAUGAGACUGCGCAAGUUUCGUCGAACAAUGCCCCAGUCAUUUCUUCGCAACUCUUUCGAGCAGCUCACUUUCCACUCGGGUUGGGUCAUUCAUUUUCUUGAACUUAUCGAAGCUAAGAGCUUUGAAGUAUCCGAUCCAACCAUUGGACAAUGUGUUGCGAUAGUGGCCACCAUAUAUCUUCAGCACAGUUUUGUCGAGGACCAGGCUUUCAACAAGAAGGCACAGUUAGGAUUUGAAAAAUGUCUCAAGUUCCUGCGCAAUAUGGGCCGCCGAUGGCCCCAUAUCGAUCGUCAGGUCGGACAGCUAGAAAAGCUCCGAGACAGUGUUGCUCCAGGGGGACUGGCCACAGAUAGCGGCACACCGGCGGUGUUUCAUCUCCACCAGAAGUGGUCUGUCAACUUGCAGCUACUGUGGAGAGUCCUGGUUUAUGCUCAUGCAAGCAACACAUCGGAUACAUCUAGUGACAUAUUCGGCCCGGAACUUGCUAAGGACAGCGUCGGCCACUCCAGUGAUCCAUCCGCUGGCGCCAUAACGGAGCGUGAUUUCUCCUUGAUUGGGUCUGCCGGAAUAUCUGGACACCAAACGGUCGCUUCUGAGUGUGUCACUUACCCGCCCGAUCAACUUGAGGAUCCGACACAGGGAGGAGGUCAACCUUCACCAACAAUAGAUAUCUCCGGGCUUCAGGGCGAUCCUAAUGUGGAGCUCCCGGGAAGCGAUACACUGUUUCUUCAACUCCAGGAUUACGGGAGAGCAUUUGAAGACUGGCUUAGCAUUAACCCAUCGUGA